AUGGCUGUCCAGAAGGGCAGUUUGGAAGUUUCUGCUAGCAGAUUACCAACAUUAGGAGUAAGACUAGUAGUUGCUCGAGAAAUUUCUGAGACAUUUGACAAUGGCAUAAUCACCAACAUGAGUAAAGAUAAGGCGUGUGGUUUUUGCGGAAUUGGAGCACAAAGAGAACUAGAACUUGGGGCAUUGCACACUUUAGCUGGUGUCUCUGUCCAUUGUUUUUGCCUGUUUUUUUCCAGCGGAUUAGCUCAGAAUGGAGAGGAGGAGGAAGGAAUUUUGGGUUUUCUGAUUCCUGAUAUUCAGAGAGAAAUAGCGAGGGGCAAAAAUUAUAUCUGGAAAAAGGGCAUUGAUGAUGAUGAUGGUCAGAUUCAAACCAUUGCAGAAGUCUUGCCCCAUCAGUUGGGUGCGAGAUGUGUCAAAAAUAAUCUUCCAUGUAUUGAUGUCUUGUCUUUUCAGUCAUGUGCAUAUUGUGGAAAGAAGGGUGCAACAAUUGGUUGCAGCGAGAAGAAAUGCCGUCGAAGCUAUCAUUAUGCCUGCGGGUUGAAUCAUAAUUGUCUGUAUAGAUUCUCAGGAGACUUCAGAUCAUACUGCCAAAAACACCGAACAUACCAGCAAGGAAUAGCCAUAGGUCAGAAAGUAGAAUGUCCUAUAUGUAUGGAUGAACUAAUUGCUGAUCCUAAGAAAGCUGUUUGGUCUCCCUGCUGUAACAGAAAGUGGUUCCAUAAAAUAUGUAUACAGCAACUGGCUGUGAGUGCAGGAUACUUUUUUAAAUGUCCUUUGUGCAAUGAUAAAGAAGUAUUUGUGGAAGAAAUGCAAAAUUUUGGUAUUUAUGUCCCUGAAAAAGAUGCGAGUUGGGAACUUGAGCCAAAUGCAUACAUUGAGUUGGAACGUCCAGUACGUUGUGAUGCGCCUAAAUGCUUUUGCCCUGAUGGCAGGAAGAGGGAUGACAUUGGAACGAGAUGGGAGAUUCUGCUCUGUUCACUAUGUGGUGCCAGUGGUAUUCACAUUACCUGUGGGAAGCUUCGAUUUACUUGUACAGAGUGGACCUGCCCCACAUGUAUAGAAAUGUUAGAGGAAAGUAAGAAGAGAGCGAACCAAGAAGUUCGUGAGAGAAGACUUGUGGAGAGAAACAAAAGAGUAGGAACUGAAAUAAGUGAAAAUGAGACAGAUGCAAAACGCACUGCAUCAUGUAGCGCAGAAGUAGUAUAUGAAACCCCCUCUAAUGUGGAUAUGGAAGAAGCCGCUGAGGACUUCAGUACACCUGAUAAAAGUUGUUACCUGACAAAGACUCAGUCAAAAGAGGGAAGUUUUACCAUUUUAAGUCAAUCUGGUAUUGCAGAAACAUCAGAACUUAGUUCAUCCACUGAUUCUGAAGAAGAAAUUGUUGUGGAUUUGGGGGAAUACCAGGUUCCCCCCCAUACUAUAAUUAGAGAGCUUGAAGAAAAUGGGGGGGAACUAUCCAAAAAACUUAAAAAGCUAAAAAAUUAUGCUCUAAGAGCUCAAGAAAGGAUGAUUGAGCUUCGAUUAACUGAAGCAGAAAUUGUGAAAAUGGUCAGGGAAUCUUCAUUUCACAAAGAUUUCACGCUAGAUAAAGCAACAGUAAUGACAUUUUUUAGUUGUAGUUUACCAUUGGACAAAAUGGUUCAAAUGUCAAAGAUUAUCCGAGCAAUUUAUUCAGUGAGAGAAGCAGUGAUUCUUACAGCUCAGUCAGCUAAGACAAAGCCUCGUCGCUUCACUCGUAAGGCACGUCGUAAAAUGAGGAGGCCAUGUCCAAAUACACCAAAUAUAAAAGUUACAUUGUGUAGAUCACUUCUUUCUAAAACCUUAUGCCAGUGUGGAAGUGAUUGCCGGACAACAUCAACUGGAGAAAGUUUCUGCAAAAAGGCAUGUGAUGUCGAUAUGUCACAGGAUGUCACCAAGCACAAUGAAGAGUUAGAAGCAUUCAAUUCCCCAAUUUGUAACAAGUCAUGGAACUCUUUACUUGAUUCACCAAACUCUGAACUGAAACUGAGUCUUACAUUAUCUCCUGAUGAGAAGACACCUGUUUACCUGAAACAUAUGAGGUCUACAACCUCAUAUGAGGUGACACCACCAGCUAUUAGACUGAGUAAUGGAAUGGACAAAGAAAAUGAUAUGGAAGAACUUUCCAACAUAAAAGGAGAAUUAGAAAUAUAUCCUGGAACUGGAAAACGUCCACUUGAGGAAAGUAUUACAUCCUACCAAGAUAACAUCAUGGCUAAUGAGAGUAGCUCUUUUGGUGCUGGUACCUCAUCCCAGCCAUUUCAGGAUGGCAGUGGCUUGGAAUCGCUAAAGGUGGUGCCUCUGCCAUCUGGUACCUCAUCUCAUACAAACAUUAGAAGUAGAACAAAAGGAUCCAAAACAAGAAAGAAAUUAAGUCUAGACUAUAAGACUCCAAAAAGAGAGUUGUUGAAUUUAGAACAAGAUGUGAGGAGUGAAGAAGAAAUUAACAAUUCUACAGAUGUUACUUUUGACCAGCCAAGCUCUGGUACAACAUGCAAGAAAAAGAAGUUGCACUCACAUGAUAGUCACAAGUAUGUACAAAAGACACUGAUCUCUUAUUUUGUAAAGUCAUUAGAUGGCGAAACAAAAUGUGAUAGUUCAUUAUAGCAUAAGUAUGACAUCCAGUGGUGAUUCAUUGUAGUGUGGUUCUAUGACCAGAGAUUUAAACUGAAACUAUUGACAGAGGCAGUGUGGAAGGGAUGUUCAAUGUUUUCUUGCUAGAAUGUAAGCAUUUUAUUAACUUUAAAACUUUAUAUUUUGAAAAUUAUUUCAAUUUAAUUGAAGGUGGAAUUUGCAUUCAGUGUUUUAGUGCUGAUUUUUCAUUGCAAUUUUUUAAUUUGAUGUAGGGUCUUUUAUAUUGGGUUUUUUCUUUACAACCCAUAUGAACUACAAGCUUUGUGUAGAUCAACAUUAUCUUAAUAUUGAGAUAAAAAAAAUGAUGAAUUUUUAAAAUCACAGGUCUGGCAAAGCUUCCCUUUGCAAUGUCAAUUUAGAUCACUAGGUGUUGAGAAAAAGUGUAGAGUGCCAUUUUUUCAGGUAAAAAUCAAGGCCUGUAAUUGAUUUUGGUAACCAUUUUAUAAAGUAUAGUAUAAUUUUCAUGUCCAGUAUAAUUAGAAACUCCAUUGUCAAAAGGAAAAAUUUAAAAUGUAUUCAUGACUAACUGUUUUCCCAUUGCAAGAAUGAUGAAAUCAGUAAAAUGAGCUUUAAAAAAUGGAUUACAUUCUCAUUACCACUGAAUUAUACAUGUCUACAAUGUUUGUAACAACUGUUUUAAAGAGUAAUUUUUGUAAUUAAACAGUUGCAACUUUUAUUCUAGAAACCUUUGAACUUCUUGAAAAAAUGUAAUUGCGGAUCUCAUUUUUAGUUUUCAGAUUAUCAAGUUUAACUUAGUUCUAUGUUAUUGGACCAGUACACUGUAAACAAGAUAAAUAUUCUCACUAACAUAUGUAUGGUAAAUUCCAAGUUAGAUUGUAUUCUCGGCAUCAUAGAAAAUGUGUGCAUAUUGCAGGUUGCUUACAGUGGACAAGUUAUACAAUGGCAAUUCCAUAAGGUUAUAAUGGAACUGAAAACUCCAUAUCAUAGCUUGCAGAUUCCUUAUGCAACUCCCAUGUUUGGUGUGAGUAAACAGGCUUCAUUCCCAGCUGUAUAAUGAUAUAGUAUGUACAGUUAUGUAGAGUUCAGUACGUACUUGCUAUACACACGAAUGUUACUGAAUUGUAUAGUGUACAGAAUUUAUAACAUACCACAAAACCUUGCUAAUCUAACCCCGAUUAAUCUGAUUUUGGCCUUGUAUGGCUUUCAUUGGGUUUACCAGCUUUUGCAUUGAUUAUUAAUGGAAAAUUUGUGAAAAAGGGAAGUUUCAAUAUGAAGCACUAAUAUAGUAUUUUAGUAAAUGAAAACAGUUCACAGUACCUUUUAGGUAGAAAUAUAAAAGUAAAUGGUUGUUAGAAUAAAAUCUGAAUUUCAUACAGAAUAGUAUUUGGUAAGAUAUAUAAAACAUUAAAAAAGCACCAGUGACAUGAAGCAAAAGACUAGAACUUCAUGUAUGUGUGUUGUAGUUAUGUUGACAUUUAUAAUGGCUAUCAAGACAGGUCAUUACAUUAUAUCCUGUAUGCUGAAGCAGUUGGCUGUGCAAGCACCAAUCCAAACACAUUUGGAGAUGCACAUGACCAGGUUAAGGAUCGCUGCCUUAUGUUUUUCAUAAAGAUUUAUUAUGUAUCUAAAUUUUUUUUUUUUUUAAGAUUUUAAAUUUGAAAUAUUGAAAGAGUUACUUUAUUGACAAGUUUAGAAGAUAAACACUUGCACAUAUCCUACCUAGUGUUUUCUUAGCAUACCAAUUUAAGCUAUGAUAAUAUUGUAAUAAUACAUUAGCACCAAAAUUAGUGGUUGAUAAUUAUAACAAUAAUUUAAUGAUUGAUAAUAAUGAUUCACCAAUUACUGGCUGCUAAUUAUUUAUGUCAAAAGUAAAGUCAUAUUUCAGGUGUCUUGCUCAAUUCAUGCUGUAUCUAACAUAUUAAAUUACUGCCUUGCAAUACAUAACUAGUAAGUUAUGUGCAAUACAUAGAAAUAACUUUGGCCUGAAAACAACUGCAGUAUUGGACAGUAUAAUUCAAAACUAAAAAAAAAAAAAAGUGAAAUUGUAGAAACUGCCAUGGUUGCCUGUACUGUAUACAUUACAGUACUGACUUGAAGAGUUUUCUAAAUGUUUUCAUUACAGAAGAUGUUUCACUGAAUGCAACCAAUGUUCAGCAGCACAGUACUAUGCACAUAUACCAAUAUUAGCUCCUGUUAUAGGAUUGUAGUAAAUUGCAGAACUAUUUUUUGCAAGAUUCAUUAGUUGGAAUGGGAUAUUAUAUAUGUAUAAAAUGGUUGCCAGAGCUUUUAUGCUGAUUUUAACAACAACUUUACAGUGACGAACUUUGCUGUAUUUAUGCAUCAUGUAUGACAUUUAACUUUUGGCAUUUUAUAACAACAAAAGCCAGUUCAUGUAUGAGGUGAUGUUUUUUUUUAUUAAUUUAAUCAAAUGGUUGAAUAUCACUUCUAGAAACUCAUAGGGUUUGCCAGGAUUCCUACGAGUGCAGAGCAUUUGAACAAGGUGAAGGUAAAGACGGGAAGGUAGGUAGGAAGACCUAAAGGAACAGAUGAAAAGUAAAAGGUAGAAAGCAAUAAUAUAGCUCUGUAUACACUCAUGGGAAAUGUCCCUUUUUAUGUUGUUAUGUUAUAGUUUUUUGUAUUGGCUCUUCCUAUUGCUGUUUUGUUUUUAUUUAACUGCUUUGUAGUUCUUUCUUGUGUUGACUCCUAUUUACCUGUUAUUUUCAUCUGGUUGUCUAUUGUGCAGUUUAAUUGUAUUUUCUUUUUGUAUUUUUGUUGGAGGGGUCAAAUCAUUUAUGUGAAUGUACUUGAAGUAUAUACGAUCUUAGUUUAGUAAUAUUGUUUUAAUUAUAGGUGUUCUCAAGUCUUGCCCUGAAGCUUAAGUUUCAGUAUUUGCUAAUAGCAUCCAACUUUAUCAUAAUCUUUUUAUUGAUAUAUAACAAAAGAAUUUUAGUUUGGGAGUACAGGAUUUUGAACCUUGCAUGUGCUUAUUUUUAAUUCAUAGCCUGAACAGGCAAUAUACUCUCAUCAUAUGACUAAGCUCAUAUGAUGAGAGUAUAUUGUAAUAUUGAAAUAUACUUUGUUUUGGUAAUGUAGUGUAUCCCCAAAGUGGUUGUGGUGUCAGAACUUCAAGAAAAUAUCCUGGGCUCCUGUAUGGUCAUUCUCCUUUUCCUGAAAUAACAAUUGGGGAUCUGAUUGUGACCUUGGUUUUAGGAUUAAUGUUUGAGACUGAAAGUUAUGAUUGGUAGGGGUACGUUCAGGUGUGUCAUGAAAUAGUGUGGAUGAUAUAAAAACAGCUGCAUACACUCGAUUUCUAGAACUUACUUUGCCAGGUGAAAUGCAAUUGAAUGUUGUGUGCUGUUUAACAAUAUGCUGUUAAAUACAGUAUUUGUUAAUAAGGUUACUAAAACUUUGAUAUGAUAAAAUAGUAGUAUGGGUAAAAGCAAGUCAUGCAUCCUAUGCAAACCAUGUGUUUUUGAGAGGCUAGACUUAGUUUUUGAAGGACUGACGUUGAGUGUGCACUACAGUCUAUUUUAAUUAGUAUCUCUUGGAGAAAUUUUCAGUGGCUGUAGACUUAUGAUUCUGUAAACAGAAGUUAUUCAAGUGAAGUCUUGUAGAGGAUGAAAGAAAACUGUAGACUGCUUUAUAAAUGCUAAAAUUACUCAACUUUUAAAAUUUGGAGUUAGUUUAUGUUUCCUGUAAUUGUCCUUAGCAUUUGUAAAUGAAGUUUUACAUAUUAAGGUCAUUUUUGUUGUUUAUCCAUUCAGUUUUAUCUGAAUUCAUUUUGCCUAAAGUAAGAAUUAUUUGACAGCAAUAGUAAAUGGUAUCUUGUCAUUUGUGUACGUAUGUGGAUUUGUAAUGAAAGUUUCUCCUUUUUCUUAAUUAGAAUAGUUUUAGUACUUUUACUCAGUUAUUUGAAGGUGCCAAGGUUAAGUCUUCCCAUAAACAGUGAAGAGGAUGAGGUUAUGGUCUUAAAGAUACCUCUCAUAAGAACUACAUAAAUAUAAUUAGAUUGUUAUUUAUAUUGAGCAGUGAAUUCCUGCUUUUUUUUUAUAGCAUUUAGUUUUAAAUUUUUCUUACGUUGAAUUUGUUGUUUUAUUGUGCAUUCUGCUGUGUUAGAGAAUUUGUUAGUGUAGUUAAAUACAGUUAAAAAAAAAAUCAUAAAUGAUUACUGGGUUUAUGCUUUAAGUAAGGCUGAGAAGGGUUUUAUUAGCUAAUAUAGUUUAUGAAUACAUUACUGGAUAUUUGUGCCGCAGUCAUUUUAUGAGACAUUUAAUUGAGGAUUUAAGAAUUCGUAGUGUUUACUCCAAAAUUUUAUUUACAUCAUCUUUGGUCUCAUGUUUCAUUGUGUAGGGCUUACUUCAUGUAGCAUCAAAUAAAACCAACUGUAAAGAAUAAAUGAUGGAGUGGGAAGAAUUAUUUUAGUUUUUCUUGGGUACUUGGUUAUAAAAAUGAUAGGACAUGCUGUCAAACCGUUAAUUUAUGCCUGCCAUUAAAUUCCAGCCUGGAAAUUUAGGAAAUCCAAUACAAUACUAUGACUUUUUUUUUUUUAAGUGACAGUUAAAUGAUAAAUCUUUGACACUAAGUCACUGAUAUUGUAAUGUUCAUGUACUCCAUUAUUGAUGUUUGCUUUGCAAUAUAUAGAGAGAAAUUUUUUAGUAGGUUGGAUUUACCUUCAGUGAAGCUAACAGUAGCAUGGACUUGGGAGUUAUUAAAAUAACAGCAGUAGCAUCAGUUUGGGAAUUCUUCAACUCUGUAAAAACAAUUAUCAUGUUUGCAGAGUUUUUGGUCAACCAAUUUCAGAAGUUGUAAAUGCAUAUAGCAUUUACAAUCAGCUACUGGGUAACGUGAGUUGAAUCAAACCAGUCUCAUAUUUAGACUGCAAAGGGUUGGCCUAUUGAAAGUAAGUACCUGUUCUUAUUAUGUAGUUCCCCAUGGUAUUGUUUUUACAAAAUCCCAUGAAUUCUGGUUGAAUUGAUGUUCUCAGAUGAAUGGUAAGAGAUUGUGGUAUUCAGUCAUAGUAAAUAUUUUAAAGCUACUUUUGCUUUGGGAAGCCUUGAUUUCCUGCUUGCUUACAUUAUUGUAUAUCAGUAAAAUCCUUUCCCCUCUCAAGAUACUACUUCUGAAUUACAUUCUAAAGGGUAUAAACGUUAGGAUUCUUUAUGCUGAACUACAUGAAUCAGUGGUCUCAUCAAACUUAUAAUUAAAUACCUUUGAUUUUGAUGUAUAUGUUUAAAAUAUACAGUUAUUGCCAGAGUGUUAUUAAGUAGUUCAACAAAACCACUGAGCUGGGCAUGUGUUCUCACAGGACUGUCUGAAUGAUCUUUCAGAAAUGGAAUGGGAGAUUUGGAGUUAGGUUAAGUACGACAGGUAAAUAAGAAAAUGCAAAAGAGAAAUGGUUAAAAUAAUAGACAGAAAGCUUUGCUUCUGGUGCUGAAGAGAUGUUGCACCGUCUAUAGUGUUCCAUGCAGUGCACACUGUAAUUUGAAAUAAAUUUUUCCUUUAGAGCUCAGAUGUACGAGAUGGCAUAUGAAUUUCAGGAAUUCAAAUUGCUCAUACAUGUUCAUAGGCCUUUCAAGAUCAAAGGUAAUUUGCAGCUAAGUUACCAGUUGUACAAAUAUAACGUGUUUAGUUAGAAACAUAGUUCUUCCGUGACUUGGUUAUACAGUAAAUGGGAAUAGGCAGCUGUACCCUGUUUUAUGCCCGCCUAAGACAAGAUCCUGAGAGAACACCCAGGGGUAUUUUGACUGGACAGUUUCGACAUAGAGUAUGUGUUUUUUUGUAAAGAGUCACAACUGAAAUUUAAGAGAGUAACAUUUACAUACGGUCUUUAAUGUGACACUUGAUUCUUCAUUUUAGCAGGAGAAUCACUCUAUGAUAGUGCAAAGUGUAGCACUACCAUGAAUUUAUUUCGAACUUAUCAAAUAGUUUCAUUUCUCAUGUGGAUGUCAGUAGUUGUAAGAGAAUAAAACUAAAAAAAAUUUCAGGUAUUAGUCAUUCUAAUGUUUAUCGAAAGUUAAUGAAUUAGUUUACUUGAAUUUUGAUUGUUAUAGUAGACAGUGUUUACCUUAUCAAGUGUCACUAUUUGUUUUGAAGUAAAGUGUAGUUCUGGCAAAUUACUUUACGGCCUUGAUGCAUGAAUGACUGUACAAGAGGUGUUGUUUUUUGUAGGUUGUAGGUUCGUUUAUGCUUAGAAGAACAGUGAGCCUUGGGUAAAAUGGUCACAGUAUAUGAAAAAUGAUAAUAGUAAUGAUUUUUUUUUUACUUAUGACAUUCAAAACGGCAGACAACCAACAAUAGCACUUUUGUUUGCAGAAUUGUUAGUUUUAAAUUUUUGAGAUAUUGUGUAAUGAUAAACUAGUCUUAAGUUCCUCCUUUGAAGUCUGUCUCCAGUUUUAUUUUUGCAGUUGCUUUUCUCGAAGUUCAUGUUGCAAUAAGGUGCUUUGUAUUUGUAACAGCUAGAUUAAGGAUAUAUAUAUGUAUAUUUGUAUAUAUAUAUAUA